UCUUCUUUAGUUUUUAAUUGCUGGAUUCUACAUAGCUUUUUUCUUCAUAAUUUUUGGCUCAAACUAAUGUUUAACUCACUGAUUUAUAACCACAUUGAUAUUCGUUAUAUGCUGAAACCUUUCUCUCUGGUAAACAUACUGGAAAAGAUUUUUGGUUUAAAUUAGCUGCAACUGAAAAAUUGUCUUAACAUUUUCUUAUAACGUGACAUCCAUUUUCUUCACAACUUUUUGAAGCUAAGCUUGUAUUCUAUUUGUCUCCAGCAUGCCACUCUUCAUGGCAUUAGUUUAAGACAGCUCUACCUGUUCCAUUUAGUCUCCAAAAGAGAACAGGUCUAGCUGGGACACAGGGGGUAGGGCAGCUGCCCAUCCCUUCCACUACCAGGGGUAUUGCCUGAUGCUCCACUCAGACCAAAUCUUCAGUCUCACUUUAGUGGAGCAGCCAUGGGUUUUUGCUCAAUCAUUUUUUGGUCUUAGAACUAGAAAAUCUCAAAACAUAUUCAAUAUCUCAGCUUCUUCCCUGAUGUUUUCCACAUCAAGCUUCCCGCCAUUUUUGCCUAGUUAUGUUCUCAAAAAUGGCUGACACAUUUUUGCUGAAACAUUGAAUAAAACCAUCAAAGAAGAACAUCACAUAUAUAAGUUUUCAGCUCAAAUUAUGAAAAAUAUCUGUAGUGAUUAUGCAAAUGAUAAAAAAAAAGUAUGUACAAUUUCUGGGUUCAAGUUAAAGUUCUUAAAAAAUCAAAGUCAAUUUUUUACAAUUUGUAUCAGAACAGUGCCUGGGAAAGUAAAUGAAUUAUGCUCUUAUGUACUAAGCAUUCUUCAUGCGUGGUUUUAAAAUAUAAGAAUUGUCACUAACCAAUGCAUCAAAGUGAAAAUAAACAGUUACGUAAAUUUACAGUGGGUUUAACUACUAAACCUAGAUUUUAGAGUUGGGAACAUCUCAAUAAUAAUAACGAUCCCAUCAUAAUAACCUCAGGGUUGAAGUGGGCUACUGGAAAUAAUCACUGGUCCAAUGCACAGUGCCAUUGGUAACAGACCUACAAGAGCACCUUCUUUCCUGAUGGUGGUUUGUUUUCCUGGAGUCUGCAACAGCAGAUUCCCACAGUCACUGUCCCAGAUGUUUGCAGACCUGCAGAUGAGCUUGGCUUCACAUCACCUGAACACUGGCAACAAGCGUUUUGUUCAAUCCCCCAGCCUGAGGAUUGAACCAGGCACCUUUUGCAGAGGAGCUGACAGGGACUGAUAUUCAACUUCUUCAGGAGCUGGUCAAACCUCACCAGAAACUUCGGUGUUUCUUGUUUUGGUUCUCUCACCGGUGCAAUGGCAGAGACGCGGCACAAAGACCGGAUUUGGGGAGACGCCGUGUCUGAGGUACUGGAGAGCUGCUUCUGCCUCGGCUUUCAGGCAGAGUAGAGCACACUGAGGGCAGAAAGCAGUUUUUGGGGCUGUUCUGUGAAUUUAGUUUGAUAGGACGGGCAGAGGUGCGCAUUUUCCAGCAGCGGCCACGCUGCCAAUCUCUUCAUGGAAGAGUUGCCGUGGACAAGGGCAGGCGGCCGGGAGGAUGCAGGGAUGGAGGAGGCCUCGGAUGGGACGCGCUGCUGAGAGGCGCCGUUCCAAAGGUAUCCCGCAGGAGAGGCAGGACCCACGGAAAACGGGAAGCGAUACCCUCCACCCCGACACGGCCAGCGCCAACGCCGGCACCGGCGCCGCCCCUUCCCGGUAGCCGCGCCCCACCAGCGGCCGCUCCGGCACCGCGCCUGCGGGACAUGCGCGGACCCCGCCGGGCUCCGGCUCUCUUUCCCUCCCCCUCUCCUCUUCCUUCUCGCCUUUGCCAUGGCGACACCGAGUGGCCUGAUCCGGGCCCUACACCGCGGGACCCUCGGCCAGAAUAUGGUUGUGGAUCGGAUUUUCUCUGGUAUCCAGCCAACUGGGACCCCUCAUCUGGGUAACUACCUUGGAGCCAUUCAGAACUGGGUGAAUCUGCAGGAAAAGUGCAGCUCAGUGCUCUAUAGCAUUAUGGACAUGCACUCUCUCACCAUGCCUAAGGAGCCAGCUGUCCUGCGCCAAAACAUCCUCGACACCACUGCUGCCAUCCUUGCCUGUGGGAUUGACCCAAAGAAGUGUUUCCUGUUCCGGCAGUCACUGGUUCCUGAGCAUGCAGAACUUGCCUGGAUUCUUGGGUGCUUAACUAAUGUGCCACGUCUGCUACGUUUGCCCCAGUGGAAGAUGAAGCGUGCCAGCCAGAAUAGCGAAGGAACUGUUGGUUUGUUGACUUACCCUGUGCUUCAAGCAGCAGAUAUUUUGCUGUACAAGUCAACACAUGUUCCUGUUGGAGAAGAUCAAGUUCUGCACCUGGAACUAGCCCAAGAUAUAGCACAACAUUUCAACAAGAAAUAUGGAGAAUUCUUUCCUGUGCCCAAAGCCAUUUUAAGUACAACAAAGAGAAUAAAAUCCCUCAGAGAUCCAUCAGUGAAGAUGUCCAAGUCAGACCCACAGAAGUUAGCUACUGUUAACAUAGCAGACAGCCCUGAUGAAAUAGUGCUGAAAUUUCGCAAAGCUGUGACUGACUUUACCUCGGAGGUGACCUACGACCCUGCCGCUCGCCCUGGUGUCUCCAAUCUGGUGUCCAUUCACUCUGCAGUAACGGGGCUUAGCAUCAAAGAAGUGCUGCACCAAGCCACUGGUCUCGACACUGCUCACUACAAAAUGGUGGUAGCAGAGUCAGUUAUCCAAAAAUUUGCUCCUAUCAGGAAUGAAAUCAAGAAACUCCAGGAAGACAAGUCCCAUCUGAUAAAGGUUUUAGAGGAUGGAGCAGAAAAAGCCAAAGAACUGGCUGUUCCUAUCUAUCAAGAAAUAAGGAGACUGGUGGGAUUUCAAUAGAAAUGCUGAGUAGUUUCAAGGACUUUUGUAUCAUGAGACAGAGAUUUUGUUAUUUGUAACAAAAUCAUUUAUUAAUUUUUAAUCAUUUUGGUUUGAAACAAAAACUUUUCUUCCUGGAAGAUCCAAGGAGAAUGUUGAAAGUAAUUGCAUUAAAAAUAUGCAUGAAGCCAGGUAUUUCCAGUGGGAUCAGCAUUAAACUUGUCUGUAUAGUCAAAGAGGGAGGACAGAAGCAAUCAUGAUUCACUAAGAAAUUGUGCAAAAGCAGAUUAUAAGAUUGCCUGUGUGGUUUUUUGGAUUUUUCCAUUGGCCACUGCAAGUAGCUGAAGUGUAGACAAGGUGAUCAGAAUCCAGUAGAAAGAUUUGUAAUCCUCUCAAGAACAUACUAAGUUGUGUGUGUGAUCUUGUUACAGAUGGACAAUUUAUCCUAUUGGGAGUUACUAAGCUUUGAUAUGGUGAUUGAACAUGUUCUUGGAUAACCAGAAUAAAAGCAGAGACUUAAAAGUAAAAGGUCAGGGUGAUGAAGAGAGAACUUACUGCUUCUCCCUAC